AGCUUGUGGAUCAAAGAAGAAGAGAAAGACAACGCCGCGGCCUGCGAAGGCGCGGGCGAGCUACAAAAUUGCAAUGAGCCGGCGUCUCUCAAGCCAGGAGGCUUCGGAGGCGACCGGCGCCGAGCCCCUGCGCGGGCGAAGUUCCCGUGGCUCGCUGGGGUAUCCAAAUUCGUCGCUGUCGCCAUGGUACAUCAGCAACCGGAACGGGGUGAGCCUCGGCAGCAUGACGAUCACGAGUCCCUGCCAACCGCUCUCCGUCUCAGGGAGCGUGAGCGGCAUCAGCUACCCGACGUCUGUGUCGUCCAGCAUCAUUCCCCGCACGCAGACACGACUCGUCGCAGCCAGCGCGAGCGGUGGUGGGCGGCUCGUUCGCGGUGGCGGCGCCGACAGCAUGCCACGCGUUUGCAGACCUCUCCGCGUCGGGACCGACACAGCGAUCCCCGGCAGCGAGCAGCUCCUCCAGGUGUCCGUGCGCGUUGUGCCGUCUCAUGGUCGCCUCGCCCAAAGCCGGUCGUCAUCGUGCGGUGGAGGACACGCGUUUCUGCGCCCCACUUCCCGCGUCAGCGUGCGCGUGGGGCCACGGACAAGCAAUCCGGUGAUUGCCGAACGCAUGAGGAUCGUGGACAACCUCAUGAGACAGGCGAGUGCCGGCAGGCGUGCCACGAAGCGCGCCCUCUCCGUGCCCGCGGAGGCGUCGGACUCUGCAGAACGGGCGGCGCUGCCGUCUGCUGCGAGGACCAUUGAGUUCGAGCAUCUUGAUGUCACGCCGCGAGUAUUCACGAGUGUCCAAACGGACGUGAACAGAUCGCAGGGGGUGAUACCGACAAGGUCAACCAGCUCGCAUGAGGAAGUCGGCAGGAUGUUGUUCAGUGAUUGGGCUAACCGGAAGAAUGAAAUGUUCGCAGACGUAUUCAAGGACAGGAAGGGUUUUUUUGCAGACCUGUUGAAGCUGCGCCAUGAUGAGGGACACGAACCCGUUGCGCACGCGCAGAAGGUGCCCACUGGCAAUUCUUCACGCAGCGACCUUUUUAUGACAACCAUAUCAGAAAUGGCAGAAAAGGACGUCCCAGAAACGUCCGCCGAAAAUUACACGGUGCAUAGCCCUAUCGGUCUGUCAACGACAGCUAGAAAGACAGCAAUUGAAGAGAAGGUACCGUUGCAAGCAGUAGCGGCUUCAGAAAAACUAUAUCCGACGUCGUCAGAAUUUGACUCGUACGACCUCUCAAGAACAGCGGAUUCAAAAACUCGAGCUCUUGAAGCUCCCAGCGACGGAGUUAUCCUCGAACCUGGACACGUCGCGCGUGCCAGUGGCGGGGAACUGCUGGGGGGCUUAGAAAUAAGUCCGCAAGAGUUAACAAGUCCGCAAGAGUCUGAAGGACCAGCAGCUGAUGAAAACUUGACGCAAAGGGAAACUGCGAAGGAAAGCGAGUUAACUGGCUUCGAGCAUGCCAGGGGCGGGGCACUGCUGGGGGGCUUAGAAAUAAGUCCGCAAGAGUUAACAAGUCCGCAAGAGUUUGAAGGAGCAGCAGCUGCUGAAAACUUGACGCAAAGGGAAACUGCGAAGGAAAGCGAGUUAACUGGCUUCGAGCAUGCCAGGGGCGGGGAACUGCUGGGGGGCUUAGAAAUAAGUCCGCAAGAGUUAACAAGUCCGCAAGAGUCUGAAGGAGCAGCAGCUGAUGAAAACUUGACGCAAAGGGAAACUGCGAAGAAAAGCGAGUUAACUGGCUUCGAGCAUACCAGGGGUGGGGAACUGCUGGGGGGCUUAGAAAUAAGUCCGCAAGAGUUAACAAGUCCGCAAGAGUUUGAAGGAGCAGCAGCUGAUGAAAACUUGACGCAAAGGGCAACUGCGAAGGAAAGCGAGUUAACAGGCAUGGUACCAAGACUGGAAUAUCAGGGUGGCGGGCUCGUUUCAUCAGAGCGCACUGAAGUAGUUGAAGUAUCUCCAAGAGAAAUGACUGAUAUUGCUGAGUCCGUAGACGAUUACGUGACAACUGCAGGUGGCGAAAAUUCCGGCAAGUCGUACAAGUCGGUCGCAUCUGAGCGGAGCACAGUAGCUGAUAGUGCUGCGCUACAAGAGCCGGAGCAUAUUAAACUCAUGCAGCCAUCAGCGGCGAGUGAUAUUGAAGCAAAUUUUUUAACUAAGCAGGAAGAGAAAGCAAGCAACGUAACCGAACGUAACGGGGUAACGACCCCGAAAACAGAGAGUGAGGUCAAAAUGGAAAUACAACUGGAAUUAGUUCCCUCAGAGCAGCAGUUUCAGGACAAUAAAGUCAUGGAAGUGACGCAGGUCUCUCCUCUCUGGAGCAUAGAAGCAGCCAGUGCACGCGCUGAAGUGCCGACUGAGGCCAGCGGCUACGGCUACGUUCCUGCGCUCGCAGAUUCUACGUUCGAAGCACCUGGGGCAACAAGCGAGGAGCACCAGGUGAUGCCGACAUCGCUUGAAGGUCCGUUUGUGUCGAUGGCUUCCGAUAUGACUGACUUUCCUGCACUCGACCUGAGUAGAACGCAAGAACCAGAUGUUUCAAGACAGCUUCCUUCUUUACGGGAGCCAGACCACAGUGAAGUUCAGACGCAGUUGGUCGAACGACCGCAAACUGAUGACAGUGCGCAAUUACAAGUGACAGGUAAUUCCCAUCAACUUGGAGCCUCGGGAGCUCGUCCUGCUACCCGCGGAUAUGAAACGCUUGUGCCAAUCGAACAAGCACCAAUGUCUGACGUCAGCGCGACACAGAAUGUCGAUGAUGCCCUGCUCCAACAAAGCGGUGCACCUGCAGCUGAUGAAAACUUAACAAUAAAAGAAGCUGCAAAAGCAAACGAGUUACGCGACAUCGUACCAAGACAGGAAGAUCAAGGAAGCGAACCGGCGUCAUCGGAAAGUUCUGCUGUAGUUGAGAUGAAAGAAACAGAAAAACACGACGGUAUUCCAUUUAAUGAACUUUCUACGGAGCCCACUGAUGAAGAAUUUUUAGGAGGACGGGAUCUUAAGAAGACUCUAUAUAUACCUAGGCCUCCGCAACAAGGGGAAAUAGUUUCCACAGAGCCAACACCGCUUUCCGACGUCAGCGCGACGACACAACGCACCGAUGAUGCCCUGCAGAGCUCGGCAUCGCUUUCGAAGGUAGUGCCAGGUGAAACCUUGGUACCCCUUCAAUUGGACGAGCUGCCUGAUUCGCGGGUCAAAGAAAUUAUCCUCGAACCUGGACACGUCGCACGUGCCAGUGGCGGGGAACUGCUGGGGGGCUUAGAAAUAAGUCCGCAAGAGUUAACAAGUCCGCAAGAGUCUGAAGGAGCAGCAGCUGAUGAAAACUUGACGCAAAGGGAAACUGCGAAGGAAAGCGAGUUAACUGGCUUCGAGCACGCCAGGGGCGGGGCACUGCUGGGGGGCUUAGAAAUGAGUCCGCAAGAGUUAACAAGUCCGCAAGAGUUUGAAGGAGCAGCAGCUGAUGAAAACUUGACGCAAAGGGAAACCGCGAAGGAAAGCGAGUUAACAGGCAUGGUACCAAGACUGGAAUAUCAGGGUGGCGGGCUCGUUUCAUCAGAGCGCACUGAAGUAGUUGAAGUAUCUCCAAGAGAAAUGACUGAUAUUGCUGAGUCCGUAGACGAUUACGUGACAACUGCAGGUGGCGAAAAUUUCGGCAAGUCGUACAAGUCGGUCUCAUCUGAGCGGAGCACAGUAGCUGAUAGUGCUGCGCUACAAGAGCCGGAGCAUAUUGAACUCAUGCAGCCGUCAGCGGCGAGUGAUAUUGGGGCAAAUUUUUUAACUAAGCAGGAAGAGAAAGCAAGCAACGUAACCGACUUGGUGGCACGUGAUAAGGAAGAAAUAAGUGAAAUGGUUUCUUCGUAUGCCCGCGGCUUAGUUGAAGCUUCUGCCAUGGAUAAACCUGUUGCUAAAGAGCAACAGGUCGAAACAAGUCUGGUACCCGUUCCAGUAGAAGAAAUACAUGCCAAUACUUCUUCCAUGACGCUUGAACCUGCUGAUGCAUCUGCGGUGAAGGGGCUCUCCAGGCGACCUCUAACAGAACCCAACGAUAUCUCUGCAGCAGACGAUCACGCCUUAAUGAAGCUGACCGAGAAAGUAAGCGAAGUACGGGACAUGGUCGCAAGUCAGCCUGAUGAAAGCAGCGAUCUCGUACCGUCAGAAGACACUCAGGCGGCCAGUGUGAAGGAAACAGAAGUAAUAGUACCGUCAACGCUUGAAACUUCCCAAACGUUUCCUGUCAUUGAAUAUAUAUCUGCACCAGUCGCGGAAACGUCUGACCAAGCCACUGCAAGCAAAGCCGCUCCACCAGGCCAAAUGCUGAUGACAAAGACUGGGGAAUAUUCAACCGAUGCAUCAGCGGAGGCAAUCUUAAAAGAAAACGAGCAACCUGCAGCUCAAGGACCGGUAGACUACGCCGCGCAGUUCUGGGACAGUGAAACUAUGCAGCUUGCGCUCACAAACAUGUGGACCCCGGAAAGUGGCACAGUGCUCGCGGAGGAUGCAAGCCGUGGAAGAAAUGUUGUUGACGUUAUGGACGUACCCGAAGUUCAAACCGUGACAAGUUUAGACGGACCGUUCAUCCACAGUGAACCUGAACGAACAAGUAUGGAAGCUUUAGGUAGCGGGGCUGUGUUUGUUGGGGAAGCAAUGUCGGGUUCGACUGGAACUGCACGUGAUACUGCUGAAGCCGUAAAGGAAACAUCAGCGCCCACGGAUGAAAAUGUAGUGGACUACGCUGCGCAGUUCUGGGAUAGUGAAGCAAUUAAGCUUCAACUCACAAAUAUGUGGACUCCAGAAGGUGGUGCCGUGGUUGUUGAAGACAUACAAGCGGAUAUUAUGGUACCUGAUCACGUCGCUGCUCUUUCCGAUCAAUAUCCAGUAGUUGAAACACAACCUACGAGCAGCUCGGCAUCGCUUUCGAAGGAAGUGCCAGGUGAAACCUUGGUACCCCUUCAAUCUAACGAGCUAACUGAUUUGCCGGUCAAAGAAAUUAUCCUCGAACCUGGAUACUUCCAGCAUGGCAGGGGCGGGGAACUGCUGGGGGGCUUAGAAAUAAGACCGCAAGAAGCGACAGAAGAGACAGAACGGGCAGAGAGCGGUGACAUUGAGGCGCUCCCUGAUGAACGGCCUAUUACUUCAGGUCAGGAAAGUGGCAUGGUUCACAUAGGAUUGGAGGGAGAGGAGGCAACAGACGCACCGUCCGGCGGCGUGGUAGCCAUAAGUGCGGACAUGGGAGCGCUACCGCAGCCUGCACUGCCAACCUUACUGGAGCACCCAGAGCAUCCAGGCUGCAAGGAAGGAGCAAUAGAAGAGUAUGCAGAGAGCGCCGUGGCUGAAGUGGUUCCCUCUGGACGGCCUACAGCAAUAAGUGGGCAAAAAGACGCACUAGGACUGGAACUUCCCAGUAAGGAAACAGAAGGUGAACCUAUGACCAGCGCGGAAGCCGAGAUGUCAGCCGUGAAUGUGAUACCGGAGCUUACAUGGUCAGUGAGUUCGGAUCGUCCGACAGAGCAUCCAGAACGCGAGCCGGAGGCAACAGAAGAGACAACAGCCGCGGCAGCCGAGUCAGACUUCACAGACCAGCAACCGAAUAAAGCAGAACAAAUCAAACGAACAGCAGGCGACCAAGUGGGUGACAAAUUCGACAGAACAGUGAACGAAGAACGUGGACCACUGCUUGCCAUCACGAGGAUGGAGAAGCAUUCUUGUGAGAAAACAAGCGAACGUAUCUUGAAGCGGUACGGUGACACAGGGCCCAUGGAGAGUGUGACUGGAGCGCACGAAAGUUUUGUGAUUGCGGAGACAGAAACGCAGUUAUUCGGUGCGGAGGCGAGAGACUCGAGCAUGAGAAACGCACCGGAGAAAGCUCGGACAGAAGCUGAAUGCAGUCAGUCGAAGUUCGAGCCAGACGUGUUUUUGGCGGAUUUAUUUGGAAAAAGCAGUAUCGAAUCAACAGAGCCAAGUCAGCCUUGCGAUUACAUUGCAAGGCCUUUAAACAUUUUCGACGACGUUGCUGGAGCUGCGGCUACCAGCACUACCGAGGCAGUCACCGGGAAGCAAUCGCCUUUAGAAGACGCUGUGAUUCAGAGGGGUUCCGAAGGCACCAAAGAAAGUAGUCCGUACUGUCCCGAAAAACAAGCGGUAGAUUAUGACAACGCUCCCGACCACAUUAACUUAGUAGGUGAAGCGUCCGGAGGAGCAUCACCUUCUUUUUCUCCAAAGGGCUCGCCCUUGGCUACCUAUAGCCCAUUUCCAGAAGCGGAGUUUGCAUCCCUAACCAGUCAGGGCCAGUAUGUGCCUCGUCCAACAUUCGACCUAGAAAACAAAAGCACCAAGUUACAAGCAUAUACAAAAGAAAGCGACUUCGCCAUCAAAACUGCAGGGGCUUCUCAAUACCAGUCAUCCUUGAACGCAAAAAGCAACUCAUCCGUGGAUAAAUUGCUCCAAACGCUUCACAAGCCGCCUCUACGCUUGAGUGGCGGUUUGUUUCAACAGCAAUUAGUAAAUGUGAACGCGUUGUCUGUACCACUAGGGAAAUGUGCUUUCACAGACGCCGUGUUACCUUACAGCGUUUAUAAGAGUCCAUUCCAUUCAAUGAGUUCUGCAUCAGAACUAGAUUCAACAAAAUAUGAAGACGGUUGCCAGAAAAUGAGAGAGAUUCCAGAAAAUCCUUCCGGCCCGAGUUCAGCCAAACCAACCGGUGAAAUGCAGGCUGAUGCGGCGUAUGUCAGUCUAACAGAAAACAAUGUCGAUACCUCGCCUUUAGCCGAUGAAGGCGAAGAAAUGCCUAAUUGCGACGCCACCUUAAACAAAAAAGAAACAGGCUUUCAGCUGGACGCUGCUGCGUAUCAACAAGCACCUCCGAAAGUUGAAGACAUUGCACUCAUUGAAGCUCAGGACCAAUAUGGCCACAGUGAGACAGCGUUAUCAACGCAACGCACGGACUUAAAACCAGUUUCCCUGCCUUUCGACGAGACAAAAGUGCAUGAUGACGACGGCCAGCCGCUGGCGGAUUGCGUGUCUCUGUCUUGCGCUGAAAACUUGCAAGCGCUGUCUGAUGAGCAGGCCAAGUUACGCUCUGCUAACAUGUCCCUCCAGGCGGCUUUCGCGCCACUUAAGAUUGGAACUCCGCCUCUUGGAACGCCGCCCCUCGCAACGCCGCCCGUCGAAACGUCACCCGCACUAACGCCGAUCACCGGAACGUCGAUGUUUGAACCGCCAGCGACCAGCGACGGGCAGUACACAACUCCCUUCAAAACUGUGACUGGUCAAGAGCCGUCUGAAGAUCAUACGGAACCAGUCUGUGCCGCAGAAUACAUCGGCCAAGCACGUUCUACGGAUCGCGAGCCGUGUAACUCCGCAGACAAUACCACUCCAAGUGUCCCGAUACCAUACGAAACUGGCGUGACCAAAUGUGAAGCUACCAAUUACUCCGGGCAAGCGCGUCACCAGCUGCCACUGUUUUCUUUUACAGAAGACAAACAGCCUUUCAGCGUGGCUAGAAAGGAUUCGAAUCCGCUAGGAUUUGCUGCCGACUUGCACAAGUGGUUCCGUACUGAAGACACCGCGACGGCCGAAUACCCUAUCAGCGUACAAGCUGAGUCGACUGAAGAUGAUUCAUCUGGGAUCGAAUUUCCUCCGUGGCCCAGUCACUCAGAGACCGAACCAGAAAAGGCCUUUCAUGCUGUUGACUUGCCAGCAGCUGCGCCGGACAAAGAAGGCGCGAAAAAAAACUUGGCAGUUCCGUCCUUGUUACAAGAACUGGAAGGAACAUUUGUAUGUGAUCCGACCGAAAAAGACAAUGGUGUCGAGAACACGCGAGAAUGUGUCCACACGGGCAGCGUCAGCGGAAUAGACCAAGGUUCAGUCGCGGCUUCCCUCAACAGUAUCCCGGCUCAUGCUGAACCUCAGAAAAGCGGUUUAGCAAUCGCCGCCGAAAUAGAUGGAGCGGGCAAGACAAAAAUACAAAAGCGAAGGCUCUCGUUCAGCGACGAAGUCACUGCCAGUAACGACGCAGCUUUUCGUGAAAAAAAUAAGCUACUGGUUGGUUACUCUGACGUCGGUUCCAGAGCAGACGCAUUGGCCUCGGAAAAUGUUGCUCGUUCUCCAAGAAACCAAGCAACGUACAUUUACCUUGCCGGCGCCACGAUUCCGGAAGAAGAAUAUUCCAGGGACAAACACGAGCUGUCAUCUGCGCUGGACAGUGACACAUCAGACAAGGCGGGGGACGAGGAAUUAAAGCGGCCCUACAAUGCGAGGCAAAGUGUACCAGAUGACGAUUGGAACAAUGACGAGCACAGCGCAGGUAGCGCGUUCCAACACGGUGAAUUUUCGGCAAGUACAUCUGUGCAAUCCGCUCCCAAAGACGUCACCGCAGCGACGAAUGCCACGUGGAGGGCAGGGAACAGAGACGACGACUUGCAGCGUCCCCUGUACGCCGAGACGGGUUUCGAGGAUGCAAGGCGCCUAGUGAACAAGUCCUGGCUAUCCCUGCGCACUGGUAGCGCCGACUACAGCAGCGAGAACGUAGAAAAUACUCGCGGUGACGUAACGGCGCUUGGCGACCGUCGCGCGAUCGCCACGGAAGUGGGAGACAAUACCUGGGAAACCUCGACCAGAGACUUUGACUCCAAUGCCCCAACAGGCGCUGCCACGAGCGAUCCUCUGGGCACAGGAGGUGUCCCCUCAAGCGAGCGAAAGGGUUCACUAAGCAGCGUCAGUGUAGGGUACACCCAGGAAUCGCACCCAAAUGACGGCAAUGUUUCUUCUUACAGUGUAGACGCCUCGGAUGACAUGGAAAGCCUGAAGGUGCGCCUCUUCGCAACGAGACGCCGCUCCCAGGUCCCAGGAGACAUUCCCGACGACGUGAUUAGGAAAAGUGAGCCCACAUCAACGCUCAGCGCUUCCCACGUUGUGGCUACGGACGCACCGUUUCCGUGGGAGCACACACGCAGCGUUGAUUCAGAGACCGGAUACGCCCCCGCGACCAUACUAAGAGACGACGCCUACCAAAUGAGCUUGCCGGGCUCGGCAGUGGCUGAGGGUGCGGCAGACGUAGCCAACGCCAGCGAACACGAGGUUCCCAAGGCAGGAAAGGAAACUACGAAAUCGGAAAGUGCAUUGUCGCCCGCAUUCGGAAACGUGUUAAACGCCGAAGAAGGCCCCACGCGACAUGGCGAAGAACAGCCCGAUGCGGGUAUGACGGCACGAGCAGCCCCGAUUCAGCUGGAACCUUCCCAACGCGGAGGGAGCGAGUCGCCCACGAGUGACGACGAAGAAGGGCGUAUGGAGCACCUCUUGAAGGAGGCAGGCGAGGACAGAAAGGACGACGCCCAGGACAUCAGUCAGGAAGUGCCAGACGCUGACGACGAGAGUCCGAAGCUUGCUUCGCACUGCGAAGAGCUGCGAUUCGAGAAUUUCAGAACGGUUGUGGAACGCAUGGCGGAUCUGUCGACGCGAAGCGAGGCAAAUAUCGUGUACGAGUCGUUCGUUCCCGCUAUUGGCAAAGCCAGCGACAUGCUCGAUAACGUUUAUUAUGGUACUGCAUUCAAAGUCCGCGUCGUGGACGACUACGAUUUACCGUCCAUCAUGUACGACCGCUGGAACGAAGAUGCUGCCAGCGUGGCUCCAACGAUCAAGACAUUUUGGACCUACAGCCCACACAGCUUCUUGGUGUCCGUCGACGAGAACGGCACGCACAGUGGCAUCAUCAGCGCCAUCGUGUUCGAGGACGAGCAGGCCUUCUGCUCGGCCAACAGCGUCAAGCGCGACUUCCUGGCGAGCGGUGUCAAGCGGCAACUGUGGGACGCACUGCUGAGCGUGCAGCACGGCAAGAACUUGUUCACCGUGGUGCCGGCCGAGCAGGUGGGCGCCUACUACCGCCAUCUGGGAUUCUACACGUCGGCCAGAGGCCUCAUCCUCCACGGAAAGCUGGCGUCAUACACGGACCUCGCGCCGCUCGGUCAAUUCCCGCUGCCGGACGGUGUCGAGAUCGUCAAGUUCAAGAAGCAGAUGUACGCGUCGCUGCUGAGCUUCGACAAAAGCACGCUCGGCUUCGGUCGCAAGCGGUUCUGGAGGAUGACGCUGCGCGAGGGCCCCAUCUCGUUCCGCGUGGCGCUCCAAGGCGGGGGAGUGUGCGGCUACGCGGGCCUCCAGAACGACACGCGCGGCGUGCCCGUCGUGCGCUGGCUGGUGGCCGCCGACGAGGGCGUGGCGGUCCGCCUGCUGCACAACCUGCUGGCCGGCUCGUUGACGUUCCGCCAGCGCGGCGCCUGGAUGGCGCUGUACGCGCGCAGCCACGCGUCGGCCGCGCUCCUUCGGCACCUGGACACCAGCGGCUUCCAGCCGUGGAUGCUCGUCUUCAACCGGCGGGAGCCGUUCCUCCAGUACAGGAACAUCGCGGUGCUCACCUACAUAUGAACGUCACCCACUUCAACUUCGACUUUUCGCUGAUGUUACGCAUGCGCGGGGAGAUUUCCGUUUUUAUUUGUUAUUGGUUAUUGGCAAUGAAACUACUAUAUGCAAGAA